AUGACCCUCCCUUGAGCUACCUAGCUUGACCACACCUGCGUUAAAUCUCGUCAACUGACAUGACCCAGCACGUCGAUCCCAUCACGGAGAAGACCCAUGGCCACCACGGUACCAACGGAACAAGCGCUCUCGACUAUGCUCCCCCGGCUUUAGCUGCCAAGCAGCGAUCACCCUAUGAUUAUGGCGGCAACCCACUUGCUCACAUCGCAACGAACGACCCAGACCUCCGUCUUCGACCAUUCGGUGGUGACUUCCAGCCCGGUCUCUACAAGCAGAACCGCAAAUUCGCCAACCCUGCUCCGCUUGGUCUGUCUGCUUUCGCGCUGACGACAUUUGUCCUCUCUCUCAUCAACGUCAACACAAGAGGCAUUACCAGCCCAAGUAUCGUAAUUGCUCUUGCUUUUGGCUACGGUGGUCUGGUGCAGCUACUUGCUGGCAUGUGGGAAAUGGCUGUAGGAAACACUUUCGGUGCUACCGCUCUCUCAUCCUACGGCGGGUUUUGGAUUUCCUUCGCCAUCGUUCUCACUCCCGGUGGUUUCGAAAUCGCGUCUGGUCUCGAGGCAAUUAGCCAUAAGAUGUUUUUCGAUUCCUUUGGCCUUUACCUUAUGGGCUGGUUCAUUUUCACCUUCUUGCUGUUGAUUUGCACCCUGCGAUCUACGGUAGCUUUCUUCGGGCUUUUCUUCACGUUGACGCUAGCCUUCCUCAUGCUUGGUAUUGGGUACCUCAAGAACGAUGGUGUUGCUCCUCAAGGCGAUUGCAUCGUUGCAGGCGGUGUCUUCGGUCUCAUGGCUGCGUUCCUCGCCUGGUACAACGCUUUGGCUGGUAUUGCCGACAGCUCGAACAGUUUCUUCGUUAUUCCCGUCGCCCAUUUCCCCUGGAGCGAGAAGGGUCGCGAAGACCGCCAGAAGGUUGACAACUCGGCUUAUCGGGAUGGAUCCCACGAGGCUUGAGAAGACGCUUCGUAUUUUGGCUUAUUUCCGUCCCGUUGAUCGGGAGGUUGGGGCUUACAUCGACGUAAUGCUUGACCGUUCGCCGGAUGGAGUCCGACGCUAGGCAUUGAAUUUCGAGAUGAACGCACGAAUCAGAGUUGUAUACCACGUCGAUGAUGCACACGUUACGCUAUUUAAUAUUAAUAUUCUUGCUC